AUGUCGCAAGACGCGGGACUCUUCUCCGUGCGACGACCACGAGAGACUCUCGGAGGUAUCAACUUCAACUCGAGCAUCCCACAACCCGCUUCUGCUAUGAAACGCUCGAAUUCGAUGUCUGGCGCCGGCAUGAACGUGCCCUUCACUGUGAGCCAUGUGCGCUCCAUCUCUGGGUCUCGACCUUCCCUUGCGCCAUCGCGACCAAAUCAACCUCAAUUCCAGCAAUUGUCAUCUGGCGCAAAUCUGGCGGAGGCUGGAAUGUCAUCUGUCAAGCGCGCAUCUUUCCAGAACAGCGGCGGACGAAAGAGUGUGGCACCACCAAACACGACAGGAAUACCGUCUCAGGAGAGCUCUGAGCGCAGGAGCAGUGUAUACAGAUCCAGAGCCUCCACGAACGGACCUACGAGCCGUCAAAGUUUCUUUCAGCAAGCCCCGCAGGCAGCAGGCGUUCCAGUGGAUCCUCGCCGCCUCAGAGACCGUACUGUCCAGAAUCAGAUGGGACAGGAGUUGCUGGACUACAUGGCCGAAAAUAACUUUGAGAUGGAGAUGAACCAUGUUUUCCAACCGAAUGUUAUGAAAUCACCCACGUCAAAGGAUUUCAAUUACAUGUUCCAAUGGCUGUACCAUCGUAUUGAUCCGAGCUACCGUUUCCAGAAGAGUAUUGACCAAGAGGUCCCGCCACUUCUCCUUCAGCUACGCUAUCCGUACGCCAAGAGCAUUUCGAAGAGUUCACUUGCGGCUGUUGGAUCGGCAAACUCCUGGCAUUUGUACAUUGGCAUGUUGCAUUGGAUGAUGCAACUUGCUUUGAUGUUAGAUGGAUACGCAGCCAGUCGUUAUGACGAUGCCUGUGCCGAGAAUGGUGUGGAUAUCAGUGGUGAUAAGAUCGUCUUCGGUUUUCUGAGUGGCGCCUACCGUGAUUGGCUUUCAAUGGACGACGAAGCUAGCGACGAUGAGCAGGAGAGGGUUUUGGCGCCGCACGUUGAAGCCAUGGCUCAAGAAUUCGAUAGGUCAAAUUCAAAAUACUUGGAUGAGCUGCAGAUUCUCGAGGGAGAAAAUGGGCGACUUCGGAAGGAAAUUGCAGUGCUUGAAAAGUCUGGAACUGAGGUUGCUAUUCUCGAUCGAAAUUUCAAGAUCAUGGAGGAAGACAAAGUCAAAUUUGAGGAAUUCGACAACCGGAUGAAUCAGAAAUCCGAGAAGUACGAAUCUCGGAUUCAGUUUCUUCAAGAGGAGCUGGACAAGGUUAUAGUUGAGUUGAAUGAAGCCGAUGAUGAGAGAUCAAACCUCCAGAAAGCAGUCGAUGACCAGGGCAUCAGCAUGGCUGAUAUUGAUCGCAUGACUGUUGAAAGAGAGCGUCUUCAAAAAGGCAUCGAAUCGACUUCUCAGAGGCUCGAGGAUGCGAAAAGGAAAGUGUCCGACAAGGAGGACGAGGCCAGCCGCAGACUUGAAGAGCUCGAGCGCAUGGUCGAAAAGUACAACAGUCUUGGAUACCAGAUUGGACUCAUUCCUGCAACUGCAGCCAAUGCAAAAGGCCAGAACUAUGAGCUCAAAGUCACUGCCAACGAGGGUCCAAAUUUUUCUUCCUCACAGAUGGGUGCUUCUGGAAGUGGCAGCCCUGACAGCGAUCGACUUUUGGCAGACCCUGUCACCGGUUACCAACCAGCACAUAUCCUGAACCUCGAUCUUCGCGGACAAGUCAAGGCCAGCUUCUUGAGUCUUAGAAAGGAGAUUUCUGAACGAAGGACAGUCGCAAUGGAUGAGAUGAUGAAGCACCACGAUCUGCUGGAUGGUAUUAAGGAGGCUAUCGAGGACAAGCGAGGGGAGGUCGAAGCUCUUGAGCACCGUGUUCGGGCUGCUGAAGAGGAGUAUGAGAAGACAAAAGAGGUCACUAGCACUCAAAAGGUCGCCUCAGAUACUCAAAUUGAGAAGAUGGAGAAGGAGCUAGCCAAGAUGCGAGCUGGUCUCACCGAGUCCGUUCAACUGAUGGAGCAGCGCGAAAUGAAUACAAACAUCGAGUAUGAACAACUCACCCUGCGUGCUAACGCCCUUCGUGAAGAGUUGCACACGGAGAUUGAGAAGAUGCUGAACGACAUCAUCAAGUUCAAGGUUCAUGUUCAGAAGAAUCUCGAGGACUAUGAAGGGUUUGUGGUAGAUGAAGUUGAGCAUGAGCUCGGAGGCGAUGAUGAGGGGACGGAUGAUACCCAGGACGCCGAGAUGAAUUGA